AUGAAUCUAACAUUGAAUGAAGCCGUAUAUGCUUACAACACCCUAAUAAAGCAGGGAAAAUGUCUGAUUUCAGAAUUAACAUCUCGAGGUAUUGAAAAUGAGGAUGUGACAAUAUUAUCGUCUUUCGAUUAUCAGUACUAUUACUAUUACUUGUUCCACUAUUUCUAUAGUUUACAUCGCCCAUAUCAACAAGUAACUAUUGAAGGAAAUAGGAUUGAAGACAAAAGAGGCUCAUCUAUUAUAACAUCUAAUAAAGAUUAUUAUAAAGUGUUUAUGGAUAUUCCACAAGUAGACGAUUUUCACAUAGUAAUACCACGUGAAUGUUGUUUGGUUCCAAUUCAAGUGACAAUAUAUCGUGACCCAACGCUGAGUAAAUACCAAGAUAGUGUUAUGGUAAAAUUCAUGUGGAACAUGAUAGAUUCUAGGUCAAUAGACGUAAUGUCACAGAUUUUAUGCAGAGAUUAUGGUGUACCAUUUGAUGAAAAUAUUACUAAGGAUAUUAGGAGACAAGUUGUGGAUGCAUUUAUUGUUGAAUCAGAUUUUGCAAUACUUGUGGAAUAUAUUAUAUUUAAGCUUAAAGUUACAACACAAUUACAUCAAGAUUUUAUUAAACCAAUAGUCAUAAAUGUAGCAGUAUAUGAAGAUAUAAGAAUUAGCGAAACAAUUUCUUGGAAUCUUUUUAAUUCUGACUGGGAGAUUGUCGAAAUUGUCAAAACCAUAGUCAUUGAUAAUGAUAUUGAUUGUACAUUAACUAACACAAUUUUACAUCAGUUUAAGAGCCAAAUAUUAUCCCACAAGAGGGCUAUUUUGGAACAAUAUUCAUCGAUUUUACUUAGUUAUACCGAAGAAAAUGGACUUAGAAUACCGUUUAUUUGUAGAGAUAAGGAAGAAAAAUGUGAUGAGAAUAGACCUUUUAUAAAUUUUCAAAGGAAGUUUUGUCCACAAGAUAUCCUUAAUGCUCAUAAAUCAUCGCACAAAGAAAGAUUGGAACUAAACUGCAAGUAUAGAGAGGAUAACGAUUCUGAGGAUGAGCCUAACUAUACACGCACAGAAAUACAUACGUUGGAUGAUAUUCGAUAUUUGACGGAUUUUCUUCUAAAGGAUACGCACUUCGUGCUGAAUAAUAUACUUAAAUCUGCUAUAAACGGGGAUGAUUCUAUUGUUAAUGACUUGGUUUAUUUGAUAGAGUUUAAUGUGCAAGAGUCAUCGUCGGAAAGUCGUAAAAAAUGCCAAUCUAUAUUUGAUAGCAUUGUAUAUGAAAGUUUAACGUCUGAUUCCAAUAAAACAUGUUACACAUUGAUCAAAAGACUCUAUAUUAGAGGUUUUUCGAAGGAGCUGGCAUACUCUAUCAUAAAUUAUUACGAGUCUUUCGUAAUAAUCGAUCGACGGUUGCAGAAGAACGAAGUCACAACAUCAAGAAUAGGAUAUCAUAAAACGACAUUGUAUUUGUGCUCUAAUGUACUACGUUCGCUCUCUGAUCUGCUUGGUGUUGAAAAUACUAGUGAUGGUCUAAAACUCUACAUUGAUUCUAAUAAAUCGUAUAAUGUUAUUAUUAACAUUAUUGCAUUGUUGAUGAAUUCAUUCAUUAAUAUCAACAACUCAUGGAAUAUAGAUGCUCUUUUUGAACUAUUCCAUCCCUUUGGUAUCUCCUUUGUACCGGGUCCUAUUUCAUUUUUAAUAAUUGACUAUAUUCCUUAUGAGCAAAAGCUAAAGCUAUUACACAAACUAUCCAUUUAUUGGUCGGAUUUUCAACUUAUAGCACGAUUAAAUAGCAAGGGAGACAUUUUCCUGACAAGCUACAUUUGUAGAUUGUUGGUAAAAUCUAGGGGCUGUGAACAUAACAAAGAACGAGUUGAUUAUAUAACAAAAUAUUUUUUAUUUGGUAUAAAUAAAAGGCUUGGAAGCGCCAACAAAAUUGAAAGAUGCUGCGGUAUGGCAGUGGCUGAAUUAUUAUCGCACUUUUUAAAUGAUACUAACUUAGGGUUAAAUGGAAAUGACGAACUGACUUUUGAUGAGUUUUACGAAUAUAGUUGCACAGAGUUAUGGUUACUUUAUGCGGCCAAACUUGAUAUUUUAAUUAAAUCUAGCCAUGACAAUAAUGUAGCAACUGCUCCAAAAAGACCUUAUUUCCAGGAAUUAAAUGAUAAAUCAGUGUACUAUCAAAAGAAUAAUGGAAAUAUUAAUACUGGUGGAAAAUCUGAUAUAGACAAACAAGUUGAUGUAUUAUUUGCAGGUGUACCAAGAAUGAAUUCUGAAACGAUUGAAGAUAGCAUAAAUGAGGUUUGGAUAACUCCUCCUCAACAUAUUUUACAAUGUUAUGAACGGCUAUUAUCCAGGCCAGCAAGGGGAGAUGUAGAUUUUGAAUCUGUAUUAAGCUAUGACUUGAGUAAAGUGAAUGAUGAUACACUUAAAAAUAAAGCGUUGGCAAUAAGUCAAACUUUAUUAUAUCUUCCUCAUAUAGUUGAAAAGGACGAAUCAAUAUUAAAAAAACUUGCAGUUCCAAUUAGUGACUUGCUUAUCAAGCUUGAUAACCUUCAAAUUUAUAAGGAUGCUAUAGAAAAGGUUUCAAAGAAUUUACUUGCUAAUCACAAAAAAUUGGUUUCAGAGGAAAAUAUUCUAAUUGAAUUCGAUCAUUCAGUACAAACAUCACAUUAUCCGAAUUUUAUAUCUUAUGAUCCUGAACAUCUUAUAUUUGCUGGCUUGGUUUCCAUUAUAUAUAAAUAUCCAUUGAAUAUGAUAAAGCAUUUCUCUACUCAGCUUUUCAAUUCGGAAUUUACACUUACGCAAAAGGUUACCAUGAUACUAUCUAUACAAUAUGCGAGUAUUGGACUAUCUAGAUCCAUGGAUAUACGUGAUGUUUGCAAUGAAUUUAUCUCUAAGAGGGAACAAAACAAAUUUGUAACAGACUCUAAGAGCGCACUUGUUAAUAAGCCUGAGAUUUCCGUGAUACCAUCACUUUCAACAGAAAGUCCACUCUGUACAAAUGAUGACUUUUAUGUAGAACCAAGAGAGGUGAUACAUCCUAGAAACGGCGCUACUUCAGGAUCAAAAAUGAUAAAACCGAAUACUAACAAAUUAAAUGCAAUCUCUUCAAGUGCAGUCUCAUGUUUUCUUUAUACUUUACAAAGCUAUAUGAAUGUAAAUGCAGAGAGGGAACGUAGUACCAACGUUUGGAAUAGUGAUGAAACAAUAGUCAUAGGUAUUAUAGAAACGUUGAUAAUAUUUUUAAACAACUCUUAUAAAUCCAUAAGUAAUGAAGCACUCAAGCAGUGUUCUGAUGUGGUUUGUUAUUGCUUUCAAGUGUCCACAGAUAGAACAGUGCUGAAGCUACUUGAAGUACUAGGCUCAGCCAUCUUGGAAUACAAUAAUAGAUGA